UCAUGUUAUAUACAAUAAACAAAACUUUGCUAAUUAUCAUAUAGUUUCACAUCUUUGCCAAUACUUUAUACUUAAUUAUUACGCUAAAUUUUUGUAGGUUCUUUUUUAUUAUUUAGGUUUCAUCUCAUUUUUAAUAUAGAAUUUCUAAUUUUCAUCAUCUUUUCUAACCAUUCAUCUUUACAUUCUCUUAUUAUAUAUAUAUGAUUAGUUUAUUCAGAUAGAUAUUAUACUAUUUUAAAUCACUCUUUCAACUUUUAUUUACGUCGUUUGUUUCUUUCUAUAUAUUAAAUUUGUUUCAUAAUAAUCGAAUUUCUAUCACCAUUUGAAGUCUCAGGUUUUGUGACAUUUGGCAUUACGGGAAAGGUCCAUGUAUCUCAAACUUCUUACACAUGUGGCAAACCAUCAGCCUCGUGCACUUGUAAAAUCAAAAACUAGUUUCUUUACAUGGUUUGUGUGAUAUUUGAGCUUCCUUUCCUACGUAGUUGUUUGUGUUAAGUUCAAACCAAUGGCCAUAGCUAACUUUGAUUCUUCAAAUAUUAUCUUCUUAUUUCAUACAUAUGUCUAACAUUGUUGUUUCAUCUUAUAAGUUAUUAACUAACCACGUAAAAAUGUUUCUACAUUGUAUUAUAACAAAAUAAACCAUAACAAUGUGAGGAUACAAAUUGAAGUUUCAAGUUUUCCUCAAAAUUCAAUCAUACAUCACACUCGCUUACGUGGUUGCACACGUGUAUAUGCAUUUAUGAGAGCUAAAGAGUAUCCAUUCAUUUGCAUAUACUUUCAUACGUUUAUAUAUAACUCUUACUUCCUUAUGAUUUAUGAAACCACAAUAUACACUUUCUAAUCCAAUAAUUCUCUAUUCAUACUUUUCAAAUCCCCAAAUGGAUCACAAACCUCCCAGAUGUUUAUACACCAAAUAUAUUAUACCAGUGAUUUACGUCCUAUCAAUCUCUCAUACCAAUGCCUAUUUCAUCACUUCAUGCAAAGAAACUCCAUACCCUAACGUCUGCGCCCACCACAUAUCUAAUUCACCUCUCAACACUUUAGACUACCAAACCGAUGGGCUCGCUUUCCACGACCUUGUGGUUAGCUCGACCAUGGACCAGGCCGUUCACCUACACCGCCUCGUCUCUAAGGUGAAACGGCGUCGUUCUUUCCACAAACAUGCCAAGUCAGCUUUGCUCGACUGCUUGGAGCUUUACGAAGACACCAUAGACCAACUCAACCACUCUCGGAGAUCAUAUGAUUUUAACUUUUCAGCGCAUGAUAGACAAACCUCAUUAAGCGCUGCCAUAGCUAAUCAAGACACUUGCAAAAACGGGUUUAAAGAUUUUAAUCUAACGUCUUCCUAUUCAAAAUAUUUCCCUAUACACGUUCACCGGAACCUCACUAAAUCGAUAAGCAACUCUCUGGCGGUUUCAAAGGCCGCGGCUGAGGCGGUUGCCGAGAAACAUCCAGGGACAGCGUUCACAAAAUUCAACAAGCAAGGAAGUAGCGGCGGAGGAGGUGGUGGUGGUGGUCGGAGAUUGAUGUUUUGGGACAACCAGUUUCCUUCGUGGAUCCCUCUUACCGACCGUAAACUUCUGGAAGGUUCAGUAACCACGGCUAAACCCGAUCUUGUGGUAGCUAAAGACGGUUCGGGUCACUACACAAGUAUUCAACAGGCGAUAAACGCAGCAGCCAAACUUCCAAGGAGAAACAAGAGACUUGUGAUAUACGUUAAAGCCGGCGUUUACCGAGAAAACGUGGAGAUCAAGAAAUCAGUCAAGAACGUGAUGGUUAUCGGUGACGGCAUCGACUCUACCGUCGUCACCGGUAGUAGGAACGUUAAAGAUGGCACGACGACGUUUCGGUCCGCAACUUUUGCUGUUGCCGGCAGCGGUUUUAUCGCACGAGACAUAACAUUCGAGAACACUGCGGGACCGGAGAAGCACCAGGCGGUGGCUCUCCGAUCAGGAUCAGAUUUCUCCGUAUUCUACGGCUGUUCUUUCAAAGGCUACCAAGACACUCUCUACCUUCACUCCCGCCGUCACUUCUUGAAAAACUGCAACGUCUACGGAACCGUCGACUUCGUCUUCGGAGACGCAACCGCAGUCCUCCAAAACUGCAACAUCUACGCUCGUAAACCCAUGAGCGGCCAGAAAAACACUAUCACGGCUCAGUCCCGCAAAGAUCCUAACGAGAACACAGGUUUCGUCAUCCAGAGCUCGACGGUGUCUACAGCGGCGGAGACGUACUUAGGAAGGCCGUGGAAGCAGUAUUCGAGGACGGUUUUCAUGAAAUGCAGUCUCGGAGAGAUGCUAAAUCCGGCGGGGUGGUUGCCUUGGAGCGGUGACUUUGCUUUGAGGACUCUUUAUUACGGAGAAUAUGGUAACACUGGCGCCGGAGCAAGUGUCUCCGGUAGAGUUAGGUGGCCAGGUUAUCAUGUUUUGAAGACGGCGGCCGAGGCGGGGAAGUUCACGGUGGAGAAUUUCUUGGACGGGAAUUAUUGGAUUACUGCUGCGGGAGUGCCGGUCAAUGCUGGUCUUUGACUUUGUGUUUCAUUAAUGUUGACUUUGCAUGGGGAGACUUUGGUUUUUGCUGGCGUGUUGAUGUUUAUAUGAUAUAGUUUUAUUGUCCAUGUAAUGGAUUGCAUAUGGAUUGUUUUGGACAUAGAAUAACAAAAUCAAUGUAAUGUGGGUUUGGUUGGAGGAAUUGAUAUACUAUACAUUUAUGUUAUAUAAGCUUUGAAAGUUGAAA